CGAUCGCAACUUGCAAUUCCCUAAACACAUACACCUGACUAGCCUUUUUUUUUUGUAACCCCCUCUCCCAUCCCAGCCCCCCUCCCUUUCCCUCUGUAAUCUGUUCCUUGGGGGAAAGGAGGUGAAGAGUCCCUCAUUCCUCCCGGGAGUGAAGCUACCAUUGCCGGGGACAGAAACUACGCGAGCCCGAGGAUUUUGCGGCCUGUAUUUCUCCCGGGUCUCUGCUGAGACGGCACUUGCAGCUCCUUUUCCUCAAAAUUACCCCUCUUUCUCUCCCUCACCACCUUCUCCUGUGGUAAAAAAAGGCCCCGCAGCUGGCUAGCUAGGAGUGAAGCCGAGCCACCACAGAUAUGAUGGAAGAAUUGCACAGCCUGGAUCCACGACGACAGGAACUGUUAGAGGCCAGGUUUACUGGAGCAGGUGUUGCUAAGGGUCCUUUGAAUAAUGAAUCUUCCAAUCAGAGUUUGUGCAGUGUGGGUUCCUUGAGUGACAAAGAACUGGAGACUCCUGAAAAAAAACAAAAUGAUCAGCGCAACAGAAAGAGGAAAGGUGAACCAUUUGAAACCAAUCAAAACAAAAUUAUUCCCAGGGGACAUAAAAUUAGUGACUACUUUGAGUUUGCUGGUGGAAGUGGUCCAGGAACAAGCCCUGGGAGAAGUGUGCCACCAGUAGCGCGAUCUUCACCACAACAUUCCUUAUCUAAUCCCUUACCUCGACGAAUGGAGCAGCCACUUUACGGAGUAGACGGUAGUGCAGCCAAGGAAGCACCAGAGGAGCAUUCUGCUGUCCCAACUCUGGUAUCGACAAUGAUGGCAAAACAGCGGCUAGAAGGCGAGCCACUGGCACAGAGGGGUACAAGCCUCUGUUUUCCAUUUGCUUCGAGCCAGCAAGGCAGUCCCUCAUCUGCAGUUUCAGGAAACACAGAGCAUUCCUGCAGUUCUCAAAAACAGAUUUCUGUCCAGUACAAACAGACACAGUCUGAUCUUACAAUGGAGAAAUUAUCUGCGUUAGAAAACAGUAAGAACUCUGAUCUGGAGAAAAAAGAAGGCAGAAUAGAUGAUUUAUUAAGGGCAAACUGUGACUUAAGACGACAGAUAGAUGAACAUCAGAAAAUGCUUGAGAAAUACAAAGAACGGUUAAAUAGGUGUGUAACAAUGAGCAAGAAGCUACUUGUAGAAAAGUCAAAACAGGAAAAGAUGGCUUGUCGAGAUAAGAGUAUGCAAGAUCGCUUGCGAUUAGGUCACUUUGCUACAGUCCGGCAUGGAGCCUCUUACACAGAGCAAUGGACAGAUGGCUAUGCUUUCCAAAAUUUAAUCAAGCAGCAAGAAAGGAUAAAUUCCCAAAGGGAAGAAAUAGAAAGGCAACGGAAAAUGUUAGCAAAACGAAAACCACCUGCCAUGGGCCAGGCUCCUCCAUCUACCAAUGAGCAAAAGCAGCGCAAAAACAAAACCAAUGGAUCAGAAAAUGAGACGUUAACAUUAGCAGAAUAUCAUGAACAAGAGGAAAUAUUUAAACUCCGACUAGGUCAUCUUAAAAAGGAAGAAGCUGAGAUUCAAGCAGAAUUAGAGCGAUUAGAACGGGUUAGAAAUCUGCAUAUCAGGGAAUUGAAAAGGAUACAUAAUGAAGAUAAUUCACAGUUUAAAGACCACCCAACACUAAAUGAUAGGUAUUUGUUGUUACAUCUCCUAGGCAGAGGAGGAUUUAGUGAAGUAUAUAAGGCAUUUGAUUUAACGGAACAGAGAUAUGUAGCAGUAAAAAUCCACCAGUUAAAUAAAAACUGGAGGGAUGAAAAGAAAGAAAAUUAUCACAAGCAUGCUUGCAGAGAGUACAGAAUUCAUAAAGAGCUGGAUCAUCCUCGCAUAGUUAAAUUAUAUGACUAUUUCUCAUUGGACACUGACUCGUUUUGUACAGUGCUAGAAUACUGUGAGGGUAACGAUCUGGACUUCUACCUGAAACAGCACAAAUUAAUGACAGAGAAAGAAGCCCGAUCUAUAAUCAUGCAGAUUGUAAAUGCAUUAAAAUAUUUAAAUGAAAUCAAGCCACCUAUUAUUCAUUACGAUCUCAAACCAGGAAACAUCCUCUUGGUAAACGGUACUGCUUGUGGUGAAAUUAAAAUCACUGACUUCGGCCUCUCAAAAAUCAUGGACGAUGACAGUUACAAUUCAGUUGAUGGCAUGGAGCUGACAUCUCAAGGAGCUGGUACAUAUUGGUAUCUGCCGCCUGAAUGUUUUGUGGUUGGAAAAGAGCCUCCAAAGAUUUCAAAUAAAGUUGAUGUUUGGUCAGUAGGAGUUAUCUUCUACCAGUGUCUUUAUGGCAGAAAGCCCUUUGGUCACAACCAAUCUCAGCAAGAUAUCCUGCAGGAAAACACAAUCCUUAAAGCUACGGAAGUACAAUUUCCUCCUAAGCCAGUGGUAACGCCAGAAGCAAAGGCAUUUAUUAGGCGCUGCCUGGCAUAUAGGAAGGAAGAUCGGAUAGAUGUCCAACAAUUGGCAUGUGACCCCUAUUUGCUUCCACACAUCCGCAAGUCUGUAUCAACAAGCAGCCCAGCUGGAGCUGCUGUCGCCUCAACUUCUGGAUCUUCUAAUAACAGCUCAUCAAACUGAGCAGGAACAAUAGGUCAAAAUAUAUAUAUAACUGGAACUGCAGAAGGAAAUGGAGAGAGUCAGACAUGUUUUGAGGUGCAGCCUUGGGAUUGGCAAGAAGUCCACAAAAUGGCUCCAAGAAACCAGGAUCAGGUUCUUUGUUUUUCUCUUGCAUUCUUGUCCCAUCCGUAGAGCAAGGCAUCAUUGAUUCUCAGCAAGGAUUAUGGCAACUUAAGCUAAGUAGCCAAGGAAAAGAAGAUUGGUCUAGUGCUAAGCAAUUGCGAAGGCACUAUCUGCUCUGGGCAGUGAAAGGAGAAAGAUGGUUCUAUGUUCCGUGAACUUCCAAACACUAUGGACCCAGAGUGCGGUUCCAUGAUGCAGGGUGCACACACUUAGUGUGAAGAAAUGUGGUUUUGGUGGCAGGGUAAAGAGGCUGGAGACAGUCUACCAUCAAUAUUUAAUUUUUUUUUCUUUUUUGUUAAGACUACAUCUCAUUGGAGGAAAGGGGGAGAAACCACAUAGGUCAAUGGUAUGAGGUUGCACUGAAGGUUGGCAUAGGAUUUUUGUGCUCUCUACAAAAGAGUGCAGUGUCCUGCCUAUUGAUAGCACCAGCAUUAAUUAGCAUGUUAUCCCAAAUAAUUUCAUCUUUAGUAACAAAUUUGUUUUUUGGAUACAAGAUGAAUUAAAUAGCAAGUCAGCGUGGCAGGAAUUUUUCCUUAGAGUGACUUCAUAAUCUAUGAGAAAGGAAUGCAAUGCAGAAUUUACAUAACAACUGUGAGCUUAGAUUUCUCUUCCCUUUCAACAUCCUAAGAAAGUUACUAUUUUGUCAGGAAUUUGACAAUUAUCAGCUCUUCCCUUUGAACAAAUGUAGAAUUUCUCCUUUUUCUUUCUUUCUCCACCUAGUUCUUCAAUCCAUUCAUUGGUGUUUACUUUAGAAAACUCUGCUCUCUUUAACAUGCAUACAAAUGCUGGCUCUAGCAAAUUCUUUAGCCAAAGUUCUUACCCUUCCUAAUUUUCCGUAUUUGCUUUUUGCAUUGUUUUGAAUGCAUUUGCUGCAUUUACAUCUCGAAGGAAGUGUAUGUAGAAGAGGCAGACUUUUCUAAUCUUCUGUCUUGUGUUUAAUUUUUUUCUCAGUUAAGAAGUGGGUUUUUAAAAAUAUUCUUUACUUUUUCAUCGUCUAAAAAAAAACCUUAAAAACCAAAGAAGAAUCCAGUUGCUUGAAACUUGUGGCAAAAUGUUACUCCUGCAAAUAGCUGAAAGGAUGUUUGCUGCGAAUUAUUUGAGCAGUACUGUAUGAUCAAGUACCCUGGCACAGACCUCAGUUCUUCACUUACAGCUGAUGAUUCUCAGUCCUCCCUUAACUUCUUAUAGGUACUAGUACAAACGGAAGCAGCCAGGGGCCAAACAUUUUGAAAGUCAAGAGAAUUAGGAGGAGAGAGUAAAAUGGACAUAAGGGCUUUGUAUGUAAACUAUUAUGAGGAUGUCCUUUGGCUACAUUUGCAGAUCAGGUGAUUAAGACCUGGUUGUUAAAUCUAUUUGGGGUCCCCACCCUUCCUUCUGAAGCAGCACAGUGCAUGCACCCAUUCGGUCAGAAGAUGAUCCUCAUACUUAAAUGGAAUUAAAUAAGCCGGUAUGAAGAGUAAGGAAACACAACAUGUCACCAUCACAACUGAAGAUACCAUAAGAAAGCUCAUAUUUCUUAUGGUCAUCUUUAAAAUAAUCUCCCCCCAAAUAGAGGCUAUAUGACUACCUUUAGAAUGGGAGUUUGUCAUCAGUAUGAAAUAAUAUGUUGUCAAAGCUUUGAAGGACCGUGUCUUCCUUUUUUCUUUCACUCUCAAUCAUAGUUCUUGCUUCUUUUCCUAGACAAACAACUGAUACUUAAGCAUCUUUUACUGGAGAUAAAAUGUAAGCAGUUUCCAGGAUUAUCUAGAUUUCUAGUGAAUCACAUCCAUUGCACCUAUUUCUUCCAAUAAAGUUGUUAAUUACCACUGAAAGCCUAUUGGAAACAAUAGGUCUUUUUUUGUUUUGUUUUUCCCUUGUCCCAGCUUUCAAUUUGCUUUCUUGUCUUAAAAGAAGCCAACUCACAUGUCUGUUUUUUUCAGGGUUCACAUGUGCCAUGGUUGCUUGUAGCUCUUUCACCAAAAUACAGCUCAUAUUAACUUGUCAAAAUACACAGGCAGAAAUGACUGCUGCCAUAACAAGAUAGGGCUCCUUUCAGCUUGUUUGGACAGUAAUGGUUGACCCCUUUAUCUCAUCUAUUUUGGGAUAGGGUCUUUCCAUGGCUGAAUGCAAAAUAUAAAAGAUUGUCCAUGUCAGUGCUCAGGUCUAACAUUGUAGUCUUUUGCUCUCCAGAUUUCUUACUUGGAAAGAUAGAUAGAAAUCUGCAUUUCAUAGUUUAUCAUUUAGUUGAUUCUUGAUCAUUAGCAUAAAUCCUAUCCCAAAUAAAACUUACAGUACUUAAUUUUGCUUUAAAAGAAAUCUCAAUCAAUCAUAAUGUUUAAAAUCACAAUAUGACUCCCCCCCUCCUCCUCCACUCACCCAUUAAAUAGUAGCUGUCUGAUAUAUUUAUUCAUGGUACCUGAGCAGAAAUCUCCUCUUUUCAUGGAGUUCAUCACUAAACCAGGCUAAAUCACUUUGGAAGAAAAAUACAGACUGUGAGUUUUUCAUUUCUUUAAGCGGUUGCUGAACUGUUUUAUUUUGGGUAUCCAAGCCUUUUUGUUGCCACACUGUUCAUUUAACUGAAAGGGAAAAAGAAAGGUGUAUGGAUUUGUAACUUGAAACUAGGCCAGACUGUUUUGGCUUUGCCCUACAGACAAAAAUAUGGAUAUUAAACACGUUUUCAAAAAUGCAAUCUCUUCACUUGCCUGGUUUUAUAUUUAAGAUGUGUUAUUGUUAUGGGAGGCAUGAAAACCACAAGCUGUAUAAAAGACACUCAUUGGUCCUGAUGAAACAAUAUAAGCAAAUAGUUUGUUGCAGUCCACAAAAAUUUUAAGAAGAUGUAGUUUCCCUUCUCUAAUAGGAAUAGGAAGAUCUGAUAGAUUUGUAAGUCAAUUGUAAAAAUGAAUGUGAACAGAAAUGAAGUGCUACCUUCCCUUGAAUAUAAAUAAUCAAUGAUUCCUCAAAUACCAAGAGUUUUGAAUUGGAAGCCAAGUCCAUGAUGCUGAGAAAAUCUCCAUGAUUGUUUGCCUUAAAAGUUCUUGUAUCAGAAGCGCCUAAUGAAAUUUUAGAACUUUCUCCAGAUAGAUAUUUGGACAGGACUUCUGUCCCCAAUAUAAUAUAGGCCACUCAAUUCCUAAAGGCAGCAACAUACUGAAUUCCUGAGCUAAUAACCAUUUUUACUAAUUUUACAGUUUUUCCCAAUAAUAGUAAAGAUUGUUCCCAGAAUUGAGCUCUUUACUUUGAAAAAAAAAAAUCCCCAUCCAUUAGUGCAGAAAUAUAAUGAUAAGAGCCCUACAACAGACUAAGCAUGACUGCGUAAAGCUGUGCAUAUUUCAAAAAUUAUUGUAUUGAGAAACUGCUUUGGACCUCACUUAAAACACAGCUCCUCAUUUCUAUUGAUUAAAGAUAUCUUCUGUUUUUCACACUUGCAUCAGAGUGAUGCCACUCUUUAAGGAAGAUGAUUAAAACAGUAGCAAAUGAUUCCUUUGAUUUUGCUUUAGAGAUGAACUUUUAUUUUCAUCUUUGUGUAUGCAGAAACCAAAAAAAAUCAGGCAGAGAAGUGUUGUUCUCAUGUAACAUUUAAAAUAAUUUCAACUCAUUUUGAAACUUACAAAAUCCUUAUAAUUUUUUUAACUUGUGAGAUCCCCGUCUGUUCCCCGAUAAUUACUGGCAUUAUCAUUUCCAAAAUUAUAUACUACUGGAAUGUAGUUCAUUGUAACUUCUUGCAGCAUAUUGUUUUAAUUUUUUUCCCCCUACAAUAUUUUAUUUUCCGUUUCCUUUGAAAAAGGAAGGUAAAUUGUCAACAAGGUAAAAAUAGGAACAUAGUAUAAUGAACAGGAACAAUAUUCAAAUUAUUACAUUUAUCAUAUCUGUAACCUUCAGCUGGAUGAAAUGGUGCAUCAUAGGGCAAAAUCUAGUGAAACUUAAAAAAUGAUGGAAUCAUUACUCCUGAGGGAAUGAAAUUUGAGAAAGUUGUGGCUGUGUCAGAGCUGCAGAGCUGCUACUGCAAUCAUGUGGUUCACAUUUUCAAAAUUCCAUGACAUUUUCCCAGCCACUUGUGCAAUCCCUUAAUUCUCCAGUAGCCAUAACCUGCCUGGCUGGAAAGGGAGAGAAGGGAAAUGAAAGAAAAAGGAGGGAGGGAGUAAGGAAAAAAGGAUAGAAGAAAGGAAAGAAAGAUUUCUAAUGCUCACUGCCAGAUUCCCAGAAGAGAAUUCAGUGGGGAAGCCUUUUAGGAAGUCAGAAGUAGGUCUCCUACUGAUUGUUUAUAAUCCUGUUUAAGCAAACAUCUGAAACGAUAAUAUGUGAUCCUUAUUUGCAAACAAGAGGAGAUUGGCUUGACAUCUUCCCACAAGUGAAUUGGAACACUUGCAGGGAGAAAGUCAGUUGGGAUCAUGUUACAGCGGCUGAUGGUGGAAGCAUAUCAAUGCCUUUGGACUUGCAACUUACUUCCUAGGAAACUUGCCGGAAAGGUUGCAAGUUGCAACUAUAUUACACAAAUAUAUACAAGAAAAUGCUUCAAAAUGCAAGAAAGAUCCCUUUUCAUGUAUCCAAUGUAAAUCUAUGUAAAUUUAUGGUUGGGCAAAGUUUCCCAGCCACCUUACCCUCCACAUGAAAACUGCAAUUAUAAGCCCUCUACUAAAACUGCCCACACUUAGCCCACAAGAGUUGAAAAAUUAUGUUUCAUCUAUUUCUGGAGAAAAAAAAUAAGAUUGCCUUGCAGCUUCAAACAAAUAUAGCCGAUAAAGUAUAUAGGACCUAUUUCAAUCUGGCUUUUGGCUACAGAAUUGUAGCAAGAUGGGGACUGCAAGUACUGAUGGGGGAGUCCUUAUUAGGCUUAUUAGGAAUUAUUACUGAGGAGGCCUGUCAUAUUACAGGUGCCUCACAAACUUCAUGAAAUACAUGAACUUAGGGCAGGCAUCCUGAUCAACACACAGUAUGUUCAAUGCUUGUAAGUGCUGUCUAAAAUAUCCCAGUGCUGCACAAUAAAACUCUGUAACACAAAUGCAAGAGUAUAAGUCUACUAAUUAUCCUGGACCUUUUUGCAAAUAUACAUUGACAUGUACAUUUUCAGUAUAUGUCAAUUACAGUACUUUCUGGAUCACAUGAUACAAUAUUGUACAGUGGUGUCACGAGGUACCAUUACCCAAUAGUUCCAAUCCUUCAUACCCAAAACUGAUGCAGGACAGUUAUUAUUGAUCAAUAUUUACCCAGCUGACCCACUUAUUCAGAAUCUACAUCAGGGCUCCCCAAUCUUUUUGGUUCCACAGACUGACCUUUUCAACAGUGGGGAGUAGGGGUGUGUGAAUGGUUUUGCAUGUGCAACGUAAAUGCCAUGCAUAUGCUUUAUAGCUCGCCCACUACUUCAGUGGCCCAGUUCUCAAUGGGGUCCUGGGGUUGGGGACUCCUGAUCUAUAUGAAAACAUUUGGGGGAAAUGUCAGAGCUUUGGAAUGGGAUGCCAACAUUAUACUAAUGAUACUUGGUUCCAUUCCUCCUUUUUUCUCUUUUCUCGUUUUCAAAUUCGCUAAGUAUGAUGAUAGUCUGAGUGAAAGUAAAAAGAGAGAGAAGACAAAGGUGCAAAUAAGUAGGAAACUACAAUUAUUGUCUAACGUUUAGUCAAAUUUGGACCAGAUUGUAUUUCUGAAAGAGCAAGUCCACAGUCCGGGAAUUCUCCUUAAUCCUCAGCUGUCACUGAAUUCUUAGAUGACAGCUGCAACAAGGAAUAUUUUCACACGAUUAAACCUAGCAUGCCAACUAUGAAACUUUCAAAGCUAGUGAAGAUUUGCUGAAGGUCGUCCAUACCUUAGUUCCAUCCUAUCUUGGCUAUUGGAACAUGUUGAAUGUAAGGCUAUCCUUGAAAAGUGCCCAAAAAUUCCAAUUGGUGCAAAGUACAGCAGGUAAGCUUAAUAACCAGUAGAAACUAGGAUCACAUUAUGCCUUGGAUCGCAUUGGUUCUUAGUUGUUUUCUGAGCAUAAUUUAAUUUGGGACCUUAUUACCUAAAGAAUCAUUUCUUUUGUUAAGUACCUCUGUCUAACUGUCAGGAUCUCCCUGAGAAUACCUUUUGAUAAUCUUCCCCAUCUCACUAUAAGAGGCUCUAGACUUUCUGCAUUGCUCUAAAAUAAUAAAAUGUACUGGUAGUUCCUUAGCUGUAUUUGGACUUCUCUCAAUAUUUAAUUCUCUUGUAGGUGUUUAAUACAUGAUUUUAACAUUCAUUUACGUUUUUAAUCUUUUACUGUGCUCUUCAUUUAGCCACCUUCAAUGGCUAAAACAGGAAUAACAACAAUUGCAUGAGGCGAAUGUAUUGCUAAUUCUUCAAACCAUCAUCUCACUGAAAAAGAAAGAUCAAGCUGUAUCUCAUCAUCAUACUCUACAAAUCUAUAACACCUCAGAAUUGUUGGAUCUCAUAUGUGAGUGAUGAGAAGACUAAGAGCUUAGCAGGAAUCACAGUUCAGAAGCUUGAAUAUAUUCCAAGUCAGCAUAGGAUAUUAAUUCAAGGACAAGGAAAAGGAAAUCUCUUGGAAGCUCAAACAAUAUUUCUUUAUACUAUGGAUUGAUUGAACUUUAUUCAAUGUAUAUGGCUGCCUAUCUCAAACAAGUGACUUUUGGAAACUAACAAUAACAACAAUAAUGCUAUUUUUGUAACCUCCCCACAAUACAAAUACAAUAAUUGACCCACAUGGUCAAUUGGCAAAUGAGAUUAAAAAACAAUAAAAAAUUAACGUAAAUAAUUAAAAUGGUUAAUAAAACAGCACCUAUUUCUAAAAUGCAUACUGGCCAUGUAACUAUGGUGUCAUAGAGUGAACAAAUUACUCAAGGGACUCCUUGUGGAUUGCCAGUUGUUGUUUUUGACCCAACCCUGUUUAUAUCCAGCAAGAUGUAAUAUGGACUUCAGCUGUCUUGCAUAUUUGAGCUGCAUGGAGAAUGAAAGCAAAUGAAAGGGAAAAUUAUUUGUUAUUCAAUGAACUGCAUGAAUGGAAAUGUGCUUCCCCUACAUAUUCUCUUAUUUCUUAUAUCUAUUGUACCCAAAUUGCAAAAAUUGAAAAUAAGUGCUUCCCGAAUCUUUUGGCUACCAUCUAAUGGUCAUCUGGGUUUUUGCAGUCCAGAUCUGAUAAACCUGCUUUCUAGGUUUACUUCUUGCUGUUUUGCUCACUAAAGAUGUUGGAAGCUAUCCAAGAGGAAGAAAAUUUGGAGUCUGACUAUUGUACAGAAUUCAGUCCUGAACAUUUAUGCCAAAAUAACAAAGCAGAAGACAAAGAAAUAUCCAUGUGAUUGAAAUAGACACAGUCUAAUUGUUAAAGCAGCAGAUUAGAAACCAAGAGACCCUAAGUCCUAGUCCUGUCUUAGACAUGAAAGCUGGUUGAAUAACUUUGGGCCCGUCACACUUUCUCAGUCCAACCCGCCUCUUAAAAUUGUUAUUGUUGGGAAUAUUGAAAGAGGAAGAAGUUUUGGAUAUAUUUGUUGCCUUGAGUUAGUUAUACAAAUAAUAAAGAUGUGAUUUUAAAAAAAAAAAUCUCAAAAAUAAAAUCACUAAAUUGU